GACGGUGGGUGCAGAGUAGGCCUCGAUCCAUGGUAGCUCAGAUUGAUCUUCUGUCCCCUCUGCCUCCAGGAACCCAACCCUGAUGCUCUGACCGGUCACGCUCAUUCCCUCCCACAGCAGAGCUGGCCUGGAUCCCCCGGGACUCUGACCCUCCCAGGAGGAUUGGGUUCCAGCCCCAGCAGGAACCGAGACAAUGGCCUCGAAGCCAGGGAAGAGGGUCGCCUCGUCUGUCUUUAUCACGCUGGCCCCUCCGCGGCGAAACAUGGCAGUGGCCGAGGAAGUGAAGCGGGCGGCUUGUGAGGCCCGGCCUGGCCGCCCCUGGGAGCCCCCUGCUGCCGUGAAGGCGCCCGGGGCUGGCUCGGCAGGGAGGCCCAGCCCUUGGACCCCCCCUGCCAGGGCAGCAGCCACCGUGCCAGCCGUACGACCUCAGCUCUCCAACGGAGGAUGUUCUCCCCCUCCUCCUACCUUGGAUGGCGAGGACACGCUCCCCGACCUGGACCUCCUCCCACCUCCACCGCCCUCCCCUGAUGAGGAGCCCCCUGCCUCGAUGGGAGCAUCACUCAUUUCAGACUUAGAGCACCUGCCCCCGCCCCCGCCCCCACCCCAGGUACUGCCAACCCCUUGGUCUCCCCGACCCCCAGUGGAGCCCAGGGGCCCCGGGAAGGCCGGGGGGGCGGGGUAG